AUGGCUGGCGAUCUUGUCCUGCUCACUGGUGCCACUGGCAUGAUUGGCUUCAGGACCCUCGUCGAACUCGUCAAGGCUGGCUACAAUGUCCGCGCCGCCGUCCGUACCCAGGCCGGCUUCGAACGCAUCUCGAGCCUCAAGCCUCUUGCGCCUUACCUCUCACAAGUCGAGAGCAUCAUUGUCCCCAACAUCAUUGUUCCAGGUGCCUACGAUGAAGCUGUCAAGGGCGUCAAAUAUGUCGUUCACGUUGCUUCACCCCUAGCCUCCCCGACGGUCGAAGGUGAUGAGGCAUGCCAGGCUGAGAUCAUCCGGCCCGCCGUCCAGGGCACGGUUGGCAUCCUGGAGUCUGCAAUCAAGGUCUCUGGGAUCGAAAAGAUUGUCAUCACCGCAUCUGUCCUUUCCAUUGCCUCUUUCGAGGCCCUGGCCUCGGGAGUCAAGGUCAACGAACAAACCCGUGCCUCCAACACGGAAGGCCCCUUUGCCUCCAGCAUCGCCGCCUAUGUCGCCUCCAAAGCCCUCGCCUUCCAGGCCACGGAAAAGUUCAUCGCCGAGAAGAAGCCCGCCUUCUCCGUCGUCAACAUCCUCCCCGUCUUCGUCAUCGGCCGCGACGACACCGUCACCGACCCCGCCAACAUCUCCAAGGGCACCAACGGCAUCAUCAUGGACCCUCUCCUGGGCGUGCCCCGUGAUCCUCUUCCCGGCGUCGCCGUCCACGUCGACGAUGUUGCAAAGAUGCAUGUCCUUGCCCUGGGGCCGAACGUCAAGGGGAACCAGGACUAUCUCGCUUGUGCUCAUCCCACUGAAUCCAUCGACUGGGCUGAGACUUUUGAGAUUGUGAAGAGGCACUUCCCGGAGGCUUAUGCCGACGGCAUCUUUAAGUUCGAGUCCGUUCCCCGGCCUGUUUCGAUCCCGGUGCAUAUCGAUUCGACAAAGGCUGAGAAGGAGUUUGGCUUUAAGUUCAAGUCUUUUGAAGAGAUGACAGUCUCUGUUGUUGAACACUACCUUGAGCUUAUCGGCCGCAAGUAA